UUUGAACGAUGCAUUGUGAAAUACGCGUCAGUUUGCGGUGUUCAUGCAAAUGUUCGUUGCACAAUUUAUUUAUCUAAUUAGAUCAUAAUCUCACGAAGUUAAAGAAGAAUCGUUGAUAUUUAAUUAUUAAUUAAUUACCAGCACGAUGGUUUCAACGGCGCCUGAUGCCAUCGACGUUGUGGAUUUUCAAUUUCGAGAACAUUUACGCCUUAAAGCGUUUCAAAGUGCUACAUUUCCCAACGCAUGCAACCUGGUAACAGUCGCCAGUCGUUUCGGAUUGAUUUUUAUUGCUGGGGAAACAAAUGAUUUACAAGUUAUACAAGUUAAAGACAUUGAGAACUUGUCUAAAGAAGUGAAGGAGUUUAAAUGCAGAUCAGUUCCAUUGCAAUCAAGAACUCUGCAUAUUUCUGUAAAUUGUGACAGUACUAAACUUGCAGUUGUUGUUACAAAGGAUAAUUGCCCACAUGUUAUCUUUUAUGAUGUGUUAUCAUUUCUAAAACAGAAUUAUCAAAUUGUGAACCACACUAGGUUAUCACAGAACUCAGACUGUAAAAUUCUACAAAUUGAUUGGAAUCCUGCAUUGCCUGACGUUUUCACUGCGGUUAAAGAUGAUGGUUCACUACUUAUCUAUGAUUUUAAAGGCGCUCCAAUUGAAUUACCGCCUGGAGCGAACGCUACUUGCUUCUGUUGGAGUCCCAAAGGCAAACAGCUUGCUGUGGGCAGCCGUGACGGCAAAAUUACGCAAUAUAAGAUUGAUUUAAAGGCGAUGAAAGUGGUCGAAGCACCGCCUGGUUUUGGUACAAUCAUUAGCUUGUGUUGGGUGUCCAGUUUUCAAUUCUUUGGCGUUUAUCAAGCCGGUGAUCAGAUUAGCCUAAUUUGUGUGGAUGCACCGAAAACAGGCGCUACCAUCUACACAAAUUAUGAUGAUGUGUGUUAUAGUAAUGGAUUUGCACGUCCUGAACAAUUUUAUUUGAUUCAUCAACUUAAUUGGAAUGUACUGUUUGUUGCUUCGUCGAACAGUAUGGAGAUAGCUAUUUUGGGAAUGGAUGCCAAUAGCAAAUGGACGCAGUGGAAUUUGAAUGACAACAGUCGUGCUACGCUCCCAUUGGGCGCAAAACACGAAGACACGCUUCCGAUUGGUUGCGCCUUUAACGUAGGCACUACACAUUUCAAAAUCGGCGAUGAUACUAAACAAGGUCCUGCAUUACUGGUACUGAGUGAUCAUGGUAUGUUGGUCAUGUUUAACGCGAUUAAUUCACGCCCUGGUGCGAUGGAUAUCUGCACACCGUUGGAGAAUAUUGCAGACCGAUCUGGAGAAACACAAUUUGUUCAAAAACAAAACGAAAUUCAACAGGUACUGCAACCAGUUGCACCACCUGUUGUAAAACACAACCUGUGCAACAAUUACCUAAACCUGUGGCGUCAUUCCCUCUCGCCGGGCAACAACUCCCACAAAUGCCAAAAUUACCCGACCUGUCAAUCACCGGUUUCAACUCCCAGUCAAAUUCAAAGUCAAGGCUUGUUUGGUUCCUCAGGCGGUUCGAUUCUAAAACCGUCUGCAACCCAAGCCGCACCUGUUAAAACCACAACCACUACUAAUCCUACAUUUGCUUUGCCUGCGUUUAAAUCCAAACCCGCAGAAAUCUCGUUUUCUUCAGCGUUCAGCUCUGAAAAAACUUCUACACCGCCUCCUAUUGCUACAGUUGUCUCACAACCUCAACAAAAAACACCCGUUGUUCAACAACAACCCAAAACAAUGACAUCAGCACCACCUGCAGUGGAAACACCGACUUUGAAACCAGAAACAACCGGAAAACUUCCGAUUACUGAAGAAACCGAAGAUAUGAUCGGGAAUUUAGUCCGUGAAGAAUGUAUUACACUUGAACGCGAACUUCAUGACUUACUUCAAAGUUGUUCGGCUGUUACAGCAUCGAUGAAAAUCGGAACGGAUACAGAAAUGGCCGCCAUGGCUAAGAAAGAACUUGAACUUGAAGAAUUUUAUUCUGCCAUUAAAGAUAACAUUAAUACACACGAUUCUGAAGUGUAUACUCUGAAACAAGCCUUGUUACAAACCUGGGCUUGUUAUGAAGAAGCCUGCACACGUCUGAAAAGCUCAAAGGAUCCUGUCACCAAAAUUCUUCUACAAGCAAUGCCUUUGGAUCCUGCAUCACAACAUCAACUUGACGAAAUGAAUCGGAUGAUGUACUACAUUGAUUCGCAACUUACACAAGCGAAUUUAAGCCUGGAUGAACAAUGGGAUACUUUUCAGGACGCCAUGAUGAAAAGUGACAAACUUAAACUACCAACAAUGGAAUCAGUUUAUCAAUCUAUGCUACAACAUUCAAAAACACUACAAAAACAGAAAUAUAUCUUAAAACAUAUCGCAGCGAAAAUCAAAGCCACGAAUAGAGCAAGAGAUAAAACAUUAUUGAAUGUAACAGCGGCGAAUUUAGAAAGUGUCGGACACUUGGAAGAAGAAUUGAGUAAGUUGCAGAUUCAACAAGUUGCUGUUCCGCCAUCUUAUAAUCGAUUGAUCGAGCGUCAAUCCAGAUUAAACCCGACAAAAAUUAAGAAAUUACAGGAAGUUUUAUCAAAUAGAACUAACACUUCAAGAGUAAGCGUAUCAAAACCACAGUUGAAUAACUCCACAGUGCAAUUAUCUACAUUAUUAGCUGCGCCAUUAUCUCCGAUUGGUAAGAAACCCAGCGGGUUAAUAUUCGAUAAUAAAUUGAUUAAUUCCACGCCGAAACCCAAACCGUUGACGGAGUUAAAGAUGCCGAAAGUUCCUGUUCAGACUUUCACACCUACUACACAAGCAUUUGGGCAAUCUAGUGCUAAUACUGCUAGUUUAUCUAAUAUUACUCGAGGAACACCGACGAAUUUGUUUGCGAAACCAAUGCAAGUUCCAGCUACUACUUCAGCGACUAUUGUACCAGUCCCUGGUCCUGGAAAUACAAGUUCCGCGCCUGUUAUAAGCACUACCGCGGCGUCAAACACUGGUUUUAGUUUUGCUGUUGUCAGUUCAGCUCCAGGUACGACUUUGUUUAAGAAAGCAGUUGCUCCUUCACCAGUGGUUAGCACUGUGUCUAGUGGAUUCACGUUUGCUGCUGCUACACAAGUAUCUACAUCUCCGUUUGGUUUCGGUGCGAGUGUUUCGGAUGUAAAACCGCCGAAACCUGCGUUACUUGCAACACCAACUACGCCUCCAGUUAGAACACCGUCGAUAUUUGGCUUAACGGCGGGUAAUGGAUUAUUACCGGUGUCUACGAAUGUUGCUACGAGUACUACCAUUAAAGCAACAAGUAGUUCCUCGUUGUUUUCUAAUACAGCAUCAACAGGAAAUAUAUUUGGAAAUGCUUCUUCUGGUAUGUUUGGAAAGAGUGGGACCGUACCAAGUGCACCAAGUAGUACGGGUAACAAGAAACAAUCUAUUUUUGAAAUGACCGCUUCACAAAGUAAUACACUACUAACACCUAAGUCUGUAGUAGGAACUGAAAGUGGUGGUAUUAAGGCAGUACCAUCAUUUACAGCUGUAACUACAAUUGCAAGUAGUAAUUUUGGUGCUUUUGCAUCACCAUCACCAGCGACUACAACAGUAGCAGCAUCCACGCCGUCUAUCUUUGGAAAUGUUUCUACAAGUGGGACAUCAUUAUUUGCUCCUAAAACUACUACUGUUACUUCAACGACAAGUUUUGUAUCUGCUAGCAUGUCUACAACGUCGGUAUCUACACCUGCGUUUAGUGGUACAUCAGCGUUUGGCAUACCUUUAACAUCUAGCACUGCUGUUGUACCUCCAGCGCCUGUUUCAUCAACUUUUGGUACUUCUGUAUCUGCUUUUGGAUCAAUUUCAACUGUUCCCCCGGUAACAUCAACGAAACCUGUGGAUAGUCCUGCUCCACCUGCAUUUGGUGUUGUUACCACUGCUGCUACACCUCCGCCUGCAUUUGGUGUGGCUACAACUCCAACUCCGACUACUGUAUCCACUCCACCGGCAUUUGGUACAGUUACGUCAUCUACUCCUGGAUUAUUUGGUUUAGUUUCGACUUCGUCUGCAAAUGCUCCACCAGCAUUUCCUACUGCAGCAGUUACCACAUCGUCUACUCCAUCUGUAUUUAAUGUGGUCACUACUUCAACUCCACCUCCUGCUUUUGGUGUUGCUACAGCUGCUGCUAUAUCUGCACCUGUAUCAACUUCAUCAGGUGGUAUAUUUGGUGGAAUUGUUGCUUCUUCAGCGCCUACAUUUACAGCAACCACAACAACAUCAUCUGCAUUUGGAACAGGAAGUGUUUUUGGUUCUGCAAGUUCCGGUUUUGUUUCACCUCCUAUCUUUGGUGGGGGUACAGCUACAACCACUGCAGUUACCACAGCAACAUCUCCAUUCGGAGCAACACCUGCAUUUGGACAAUCGACGAAAUCUCCAUUUGGUAUGACAUCAAACAACUCAGCAUUCAGUAGUUCUGGAAAUCUAUUUGCCCAACCUGCGAAGUUUCCAACAAAUGGGUCCAUAUUUGGUGGUGGGACUGUUUCCACAGCGACCACAACAGCACCCGCGGCUUCUACUGGUGGUUUUAUGUCAAUGCAACCUUCUGUAUUUGGUAAUGCUCCUGCUACCACCUCAAUGCAACCGUCAGUAUUCGGGAAUACCUCUACCACUUCAGCAUUUGGAGGUACCACUCCAUUUGGUAGUACUUCUAAUAGUCCCUUUGCUGCUGCAACACCACCAGCAACUACAUCAGAAGCAUCUCAAGGUUCCACAGGAGUAUUUGGAUCAACUUUUGGGUCUACUGGAACAUUUGGUGGUGCACAGAGUCCACCCGCGGCAAGUCCAUUCGCAUCAACAGGGAAUGUCUUUGGAGGUUUUGGUGGAUUAACUGUUGGAGGAACAAGUACAUUUGGGCAAUCACCAGCUAGUCCCGCAGCUGCUCAAAACCCCUUCGGAGCUAAAGUCGAACAAAAAUCAUCGUUUGGAUUAUCCACUGCGAAUAUAUUCGCAACUCCAGCUUCAACUGCAUCUGGAGGUAUUUUCGGAUCACAAACAUCAUCGAUAUUUGGAGGUGGCACAACCGGAUCAACGCCAUUUGGUAGUUCACCUGGUUUUGGUCAAAGUUCUACCUUUGGAGCUGCAACUCCCUCUAGCCCAGGAGGAGUUUUUAGUAGUGGUGGUACUCAAUCAGUUCAACAAGCUGGUUUUGGUAGUAGUUUUCAGAAACCAGCAUUUGGAAGUGGUCCUGUCUUCGGGCAACCAUCCGCAUUUGGUGGGAAUGCUAGUUUUGGAUCACCGCCUGUUUUUGGAGGCGGUGCUACGUUUGGUAGCCCUGAUAAAGUAUUCGGAGGUGGUGGAGGAUCACAGGAAGCAAGCAGCACGCCAUUUGGAGGCGCAGGCGCGCAAAAUUCAACAUUUGGUAGCAUAGCGCAACAGGACACAGUUGGUUUUGGUAAUUUAGCACAGCAAGCAGCAACACCUUCAUCAACACAACCAUUUUCAGGCGGUUCAUCAUUCACAAAUUGGCGUAACUGAUUCAAUACACCCGGACAAAAUGUAAUGUUGAUUUGAAAUUCUCUAGUUAGAUUGGUUUGUUUUUCGUAUUAUCAUAAAUUAGCGUACCAGCGUUUGUUGGUGUGUAUUUUUAAA